GACACAAAUACUAAAUUGGCCCGACGACAAAGCAGCUGGAGGGAUUGAGUGAAUUUGAGUCUGAUGCUAUGUUCUUGCUGUGCAAUAUGCUUGAUAAAUUUGGAGGAAGGUUGGUUAUGCUCACGAGCAAUGUGAGAUGUGCUGAACCACAGCCAGCUGCGGGGCCAUCUCUCGUCUCGGGCCUCCUAGUACUUGGAACUUCUAUAUCCAAAGAUAUCUUCUUCUCCCUCUUCUUCCUCUUCAUCUUCUUCCUCCACAAUAACAUACGUCUCAUAAACAACAGGUUUGCGUGGCUUCCUUGUACGGUUGAUCGCAGCAUGUUCCACCAUAUCAAUCAACGCGCCAUGAAAGUUAAACACACGCCUGCCGGAUUUACUUAUAGCCUUCCUGCGAGGCGCAAGUCUCGGCGCAACAAACAUGGCCAUCUUUUUCAGUGGUGGGCCGACGAGGGUGUCUUUUUCCUGCAUCUGCAGAUCAGAAGCAGUGGUUGACUCGCGAAGUGGUGAGGGAGCAAAGACUUUCAUGGGCGUACGGGAGGCCAGCAUGAUGGAUAGGUGGGUUGUAUGGCAGGAUAGCCAAGAGGAUGGAACAGCUUUUAUGGCUUCCAUCCAAGGAAAG